AUGCAACCUGGCAGUGUAACUUCGUCGGCGCAGGCGGUUGUUGUUUUUUGUGGGCAGCUGCGGCUGCGGCUGCGGCUGCGGCUGCCGCCCCCAUGCGGGGCAGGUGUGCCGGGUGUCGGAGGCGGCUGUCUGGACGAAGCGUAUGCGGGCGUCGCUACAGACAGCACAAGAGUCAGUAGGCCGACGGCGCCCGACGCGGAGGGCCGAGAGGGUUCGGAAGUAGGCCCUACACACAGCCGCUUGCAGUUGGCGGCGGGCGCCGUCGCGGUGGUCGACCCCGGUUGCGAGUUCUCAGCAAGCGGGCGCCGCGUCAGCAAGGUGAAGACGCUGCGACGCGCCAUCGAUUACAUCCGGCAGUUGCAGCUGCAGCUCCAGCUCCACGCCGCCGGCGAGUGCCUGCACCCUCAGCGUCCUGACGUUGACGACGACGUCUCUACGUCGCCGUGGACACGUAUCCCCGACUGCUGUGAAUUGCAGACGAGCGACAAAGAGAAUUCGACGUCGGGCCACCAGUUGCCGCCUCCGCAGCAGUGCCAGUAUACCGUUCCUCGGCAGGAGAACAGCGACACUGACAAGGUGUGCGCGACAGGGAACUACCUGCAAGGUCUCGACUGCGAUUUGGAUGGACUGCUGCGUGGCUGCUACCACCACCAACUCCUCUGACUGUUCCUGAAGACACAUCUCUGCCACUCGCCAGGGCUGCACGCUGAAAAGCGUACCCGAAGUCACCUAAGUGGACAUAUAGCUUUAGCAUCAGUGACGGUAGAGGCAGCAGGUCAUAUGAAGAGGACCGUGCGUGGGAAUACGUGAAGAAAGACGACGUUUCGUCAUAAAGCCAAGCGUGCUUAGCGUAUGCGGUAGAAGAGAAAACUUAGAACGUCAGAAAUAACGGAGAAGAUGAUCGCACACUCUUUUUGGAAAACUGCAGUUUGCGAUUAGGCUCUUAGUGUAUCUUUUAGGGACACGACAUUUUCGCUUCGCUAGUCACCGUGCCGCGCACAUCACCAUAUUUUGUCUUAGUUCGUCGGUAUAUAAACACUUCUAGGAGCGUUGAAUAUCUAGUCAUCAAGCGCUUGUCACAAGCCACGGUAUGUUUUCUAUUUAAAAGGCGUUUCACAGAUGUCUCACUUUCGCAAUGCCGGGUGGUUAAGAGACAGUCAGAACAGUACUUGAUGAGAACUUUAAGAAUACACAGAAUUUUUGUCUUCUGAUUUCUAGAGCGAGUGUCUCAGAACUUCCUAGUGUAGAAUGCAGAACUCGUCCCUUGAUUAAUGAAAAGCGCAAUUACUUUAACAGUUUAGUUAAUUACAGUGCAAAAUGCAUUUUGGAAUUGCUGAAAGUGUAAUUGGUAUCAGCAAUAAUGUUUGUAAAAGGAAGUAAGCGUGUGGCUUAGUGAUA